GUUCUCUCGCAUCCAUUUUCAGUAGUAGCUGUAAACUCUCUCUCUCUCUUGACUCUCUCACUAGAAAUGGACAUGAUUUAGAAAGGAUUCAGGACCGGACCGGAGACAUACUUCAGCUUGCCUACUCUAAGAUCCGUCAAUUACGGUCAUCCAAUCGCAGAAUCGCUCAAUCAGAUUUGAAACCCUAGAUCUUCUCAGUCAGCAAGCAAGCAAACAUGAACCACUAUCAUAUAUUUGAGGCAAUUGGCCGCGGGAAAUACUCGACUGUCUAUAAGGGGAGGAAGAAGAAGACACUUGAGUAUUUCGCCAUCAAGAGUGUUGAUAAAUCGCAGAAGAGCAAGGUUCUUCAAGAAGUUAGAAAUCUUCACACACUAGACCAUCCAAAUAUAUUGAAAUUCUAUUCUUGGUAUGAAACCUCUGCCCAUUUGUGGCUGGUUUUGGAAUAUUGUGUUGGAGGAGAUCUCAUGUCAUUGUUGAAACAGGACAAGCAACUACCAGAAGAUUCAAUACAUAUUUUUGCUUGUGAUCUUGUCAAAGCUUUGAUGUAUUUGCAUUCCAAGGGAAUAAUCUACUGCGACUUGAAACCAUCAAACAUCCUUUUGGAUGAAAAUAGUCAUACAAAGCUUUGUGAUUUUGGAUUGGCCAGAAAACUGAGCGAUGUAUCAGAUACUACAUCUUCUAUGACCCCACAAUCAAAGCGCGGAACUCCUUUCUAUAUGGCUCCUGAACUGUUUCAGGAGGGAGGUGUCCAUUCUUAUGCUUCUGAUUUUUGGGCUCUUGGUUGUGUUCUGUAUGAGUUCUACACUGGGGCUCCUCCUUUUGUAGGAAAGGAAUUCACUCAAUUAGUGAAAUCUAUCCUUUCUGAUCCAACUCCAUCACUGCCUGGUACUCCAAGCAGACCAUUUGCCAACCUCAUAAACUCUCUUCUAGUAAAGGAUCCAGCUGAAAGAAUACAGUGGCCAGAACUCUGUGGACAUUCUUUCUGGAAGACAAGUUUUACUAUAAUUCCCUUACCUCCCCAGCCCGCUUUUGAUACUAUGAUAGAGGUUUUGUCAAGGCCGUGUCUUGUGGAGCGCAACAACAAUAAGCCUGUACAAAACAAAACUCUGCCAAAAAAUAGUGAAAUUGAUUCAAGAGGACCUCCUAAGCAAGAUGGAAAUAAUAAUUUAGGUCAAAAAGGUUGUGAGACACCAGUCAAGGGUGUCACAAGUAGUAGGAGGAAUCAAACAAAAGCUGUAGGGAAAGUUACUGAGAGACAAACAGAUUUUUCAAGCAAUGCCAAGGGUAUUAAUCUUCUGCGGCUUUCAAGAAUAGCGAAAUCAAACUUGCAAAGAGAAAAUGAGAAAGAAAACUACCGUAGACCAAUGGCUAAUGACUGUGAAAAUGAUGCUGAAGUUAAGAUUGAAAACACUGAUAUGGAACUAGACUUUGGUGAGAAUGUGGAGGAUGAAACACAAGAUGAUACAGAUAACUCAGCUUGUCUAGAUGAUAAAAUAUCACAGAAAAAUCAGCAUCAUGGUAACAUGGAUGAGGUGGAGAAUUAUACUGAUCAACAAGAUGCAUCAUCAGCAAUCCAUGGGCCUGUUGACGAUGAUUCACAAACUUCUACGAUAGAAUCAUCUUCAGAACAUGAUAACGUGGCCUCUGCUCCACCCAUUGCAAGUCCUCAACUCAAAACUCCAAGGACAAAAGAAGUCCCGGGCUGCAUACUUGAUGUUGACUCUUCAAAAUCAUCUGGUGAGGUCUCUCAGGUGCUUUGGCAUCCUUCUGACCUCUCUGUCAGACCCGUGAUGCCCAUUAAGAAGGCUGAUAAAAUAUUAAUAUCAAUUCAAUCCCUACCUUUCGAAGCUAUACAAGCUCCUGAUUUCGUAAAGAUGCCCAAAGACCAGCUUGAUGUACUUAACAAUAAAAUAAUAUCUAAUUUGUGUGGCAACUCUGCCAUUGGUGAGAAGCAGAAUAUCAUUGGAUACCUUGAGAUGUUGAGCAACAAUGCUGAGGCUGCCAAUAGCUUGACUAAUGGGCCAAUCAUGUUAAUGCUCGUCAAAAUGUCGCGACAAUCUAAGACGUCUGCUUUGCGUGUUCAAAUUGUUUCACUAAUAGGCCUCUUAAUCCGACAUUGUACAUUUAUUGACGACGAUUUAGCCAAUUCUGGGAUUUUGGGUUCAUUAACUGAUGGUCUUAGAGACAAGCAAGAAAAAGUUAGGAGAUCCUCCAUGGCUGCUCUUGGUGAGUUACUGUUUUAUAUAUCCACUCAAAACGACCCUACAAAGGACAUCAAUCCUACUGAAUCUCCAGCCAAGGACAGUCGACAAUCUUCUGGCUGGCAGGUUUCAAAUGCACAGAUAUCGUUGGUGACAUCAAUAUUACGGAAAGGAGAGGAUAGCCUUGCUCAGCUCUACGCAUUGAGGACAAUUGAAAACAUGUGCAGUCAAGGGGCACACUGGACAGCGCGUUUCACAAGCCAGGAUGUUAUUAAUAACCUUUGUUAUAUAUUCAGGGCUCCAGGAAAGCAGGAGAGCACAAGACUCACAGCUGGGUCUUGUUUGGUUCGCCUAGUUCGUUUUAACCCUCCUAGCAUUCAGCACGUCAUGGAGAAACUUCCUUUGAAGGAUGUUGCUUCAAUACUUAUCAGAGGUAGUCAACGUGAGCAACAUAUUUGCUUAAACCUUAUCAAUAUGGCAUUGUUUAGCAGCCACACUGUUACAAACCUGGGAAAACAUAUCCUUUCCUUGGCGGAAGAAAAGGGUCUUGUUCCAUUGCUCAUGUCUCUUACUGAUCAGGGUAGUGAAGUUCUCAAGGGAAAGUCUCUUGUUUUGGUGGGUCUACUUUGUAAAAAUAGCAGGAGAUGGUUGGCUCAAUUCUUUUCCAACGGAAGAUUACUCUCAACCAUGGACAGGAUGGGGAAAGACAAGGACAACUUUGUGCAACAAUGUUUACAAGCAUUCAUUGAUGUCAUGGCGUCCAUUCUACCAAGUCUUUUGGAGGCUAUAACAGCUGAUAUUCAGCAGAUGAUGGGAGGGAGACGCUACACCCAGAUUGCUGGCCUUAUCAGUCGAGCCACCCCAAGAAACAAUGUUCAUUUAUUUCCUGUCCUUCUUCAUCUUCUUGGUAGUGCUUCUUUCAAGCGCAAGAUGGUCAGUCAUCAAGUGCUUCAACAGUUGGCGAAUUUGACCAAGCUUGCAGAAACGCCCUUCCAGGGAAGGGAUGAUUUCCAGAUAACUCUUCUGCGUGUUCUUGAAUGCAUCACUGAAGAUCCAUCUUUUAUUGUUGAUAGGCCUGAGAUUUUUAGCCAUGAAAUUCUUCCUAGUUUGGCUGUUCUAUAUAAAGGAAACAAGGAUGGAAAUGCUCGGUUCUUGUGCCUAAAAAUAAUAUUUGAUGUGAUGGUUAUCUUUCUGGAUGAACCAUCAAAUGAUGAGAAACUUCAAGAAGAGUUAAAAUCUAUAGCAAAUAUUCACUUCCUUCCUCUAUAUCCCAGAUUCAUUGAGGACGAGGAUCCGAUUCCCAUGUAUGCACAAAAGCUUCUUGUGAUGCUCAUUGAGUGUAAUUACAUAAAGAUUCUAGACAUCCUCCAUCUGAAGAUCGUCUCACAGUGUUUUGAAUUUCUACUUGGCGAUCUCUCGGCUGCAAAUGUGAACAAUGUGAUGCUCUGUCUGGCACUAGCAUCUGCUCCAGAACUGGAAAACAAGAAACUAUCUCAAUUAAAAGUCGUCAGAAGGAUUGGGAACCUCUUGGAGUUUGCUUAUGCAAAGGAAAUGGAAGGUUUUAUCGAGCCAACUUUAAGUCUGUGUAGGGCUUUUCUUCUGCGUGCCAUUGGAAAUGUUAAAGGUUUUGUAUAUGCAAAAGAACCAAAUCUCUUAAGUGACGGAUAUUCUGACUGGAGUAGUGUAGUGGAUCAACAGCAAUGCAUAAAAGAUAUUGUUGAUUUUGGAAACAAUGUGGGUGUCUUGCUUGAGUUGAGCAAGUCCCGUGAAACAAACAUAUCUGAUAUAGCUUCUGAAUGCAUAGUUUUGCUGCUGAAAGUUGCUCCUAGGGAAGCUACAACUGGUUUCCUAAAUAAACUCCCCAAGGUCACUAUUAUUCUGGAGUCUUGGCAAAAUGGUGUCUCUCAUAUGGUUCUAAACAGGAUAUUACAUGCCCUUGGCUAUUCAUGCAGACAGUAUCUAUCACAUGCUAUGAUAUUAUCAAUAUCUCUUCCGGAAAUCUUAAGGCUCGAAGCAAUUGUAUCUCAACUUAAAAAUGUAAGCUUGAAUGGUAUUGCUGAUGCUGCAUGCAGGGUUAAUAUUGAGCUGCAACGCUUACCUCGCCGUGUUUGAAGGAAGUUAUUAAAGGAACAUUUUUCCUCAACGGACUAUUGUACUUACCAUUGCCAGAUGAAAGAUCAUAAUUUGUCAAGUUGAGGCGAGUUUUAUUGCAUUUCUCUGGUAAGGUAUCCUCUGAAUCUAGUAAUAUGUAUCAUUGUUAUCAUAAUUAAUUUAUAUUGUAUGAAUCUAUCAACUGCUUCCCAGAACUUCUUACUUCCUGGUAUGACUUUUAUACAUAAUGAUUUUUGUUA